AUGAAGACGAGGUUGGAGCUGGUCGUGGUCAUCGCGGCGGUGGCGUACGCCGCUGCCAAACCUCUGAGCGAGACGGCGCCGAGGAACAAGCUGCUGCUGGUGUCCUUCGAUGGGUUCAGGUGGAAUUACGACCAGGAUGUGGACACGCCAAACCUGGACCAGAUGGUUCUGGAUGGAGUCAAGGCCAAAUAUAUGACCCCGCCGAUGCUGACCAUGACCUCGCCGUCCCAUUUCACCACCAUCACAGGCAGAUGGGUGGAGGACCAUGAAGUAGUCCACAACAUGAUGUUUGACCCAAAGACCAAUCUGAAAGUCCCUCACAAAGAGACGAUGAGGCGUUCAGCGUGGUGGGACAACGGCGUUCUACCGUUGUGGAUCACGGCUCAGAACCAGGGUCUGAAAACCGCCUCCUUCUACUACCCUGGAGGCGGAGCCAACUACAGCGGCCAGGUGGUGAACAGGGCGCUGGUGGAGGAGAACGGCCACCCAGACGACAACGAGACCGAGUGGCGUGAGAACAUCGACAAGGUGAUGAGCUGGUUCACGGAGGAAGACUUCCACUUGGUGACGCUGUACUACGGUGAGCCAGACAACGUGGGCCACGCCAAGGGUCCGGACCACCCAGACAGGAAGAAGAUCAUCAUGCAGAUUGACCGUACCAUCGGAUACCUGAGGGAGGCAAUCGUUCGCCAUAAACUGCAGGACAGCCUGAACGUCAUCAUCACCUCCGAUCACGGCAUGACCACCGUCAAGAAGCGGCCACAGGUGGACGAGAUCAUCCUCAACAAGUACCUGAAUCUGAUUGCACUCAACAGCUUCGAGAUCCUCGACUACGGCGGGUUCGGUAUCCUGACACCACGCCCAGGCAGGGAGCAGGAAGUGUUCGACGCCCUAUCCAAAGCGCCAAAUCUGACCGUUUGGAAGAAGGAGGAGUUUCCUGAGAGCUUCCAUCUCGCCAAAAGUAAACGCCUGCCUCCCAUCGUGGUCGUCGCAGAUCUUGGAUUCAACCUGAACUCGAGAUUCAUCGUCUACGUUAACAAAGGCGACCACGGCUACCAUAACGGAGAGAUGGACAUGAAGACCAUCUUCAGGGCCUUCGGUCCGGACUUUAAGAAGAACUUUGUGUCAGAACCGUUCGACAGUAUCCACGUUUACCCUCUGAUGUGUAAACUGCUGCAGAUCCAGCCGGAGCCUCACAACGGGUCUCUGAGCGUCACAGAGAACCUGCUCAGCGGUACGACCAGAAACACACCUCGUCUGUCCGUGGCUCUGCUGCUGUCCACGCUGCUCGCCGUCUUCAGUACGCUCUAA